ACGCCUUCUUAUUUUCAGGUUCGGUUGGACGUUAAUCGGAGUCUUUUCUCCCUCCAAAGAGCCGAAGAGGGCAGCGAAACACUGGAGAUCCCGUACACGGUACAGCUCGGGAUACUCGCUUUCUUUUCUUUCCACUUGCCAGGAACUAUUCCUUCUCCCCGCUUUCACUCAUUUCCCUGCUCUUCUUACCGGACUCGCCGCUUUGUCGGAGUUAACUUAGUGAUUAAGAUCCAUAGCUAGAUUGCCAGCUGCCAUUAAAGCCAUGGAUAAAGCGGAGCUCAUUCAGAAGGCCAAGCUGGCGGAGCAGGCCGAGCGCUACGACGACAUGGCGGCGUCUAUGAAGGCGGUUACGGAGCAGGGCGCCGAGCUGACGAACGAGGAGAGGAACCUGCUGUCUGUCGCCUACAAAAACGUGGUCGGGGCGCGGAGGUCGGCGUGGAGGGUCAUUUCUAGCAUCGAGCAGAAAACAGAUGCCAGCGACAAGAAGCUUCAGAUGGUGAAGGAGUACAGGGAGAAAGUGGAGUCAGAGCUGCGCGAGAUCUGCAACGAAGUGCUGGGGCUCCUGGGCAAAUAUUUGAUUGAAAACUCAUCUAAUCCUGAGAGCAAAGUCUUCUAUUUAAAGAUGAAGGGUGACUACUUCAGAUAUCUUGCAGAGGUUGCCUCAGGAGAUGAUAAGAAAGAUACGAUAACCAACUCUCAGAGUGCCUAUCAGGAUGCAUUUGACAUUAGUAAGAAGGAGAUGCAGCCCACACACCCCAUCCGUCUGGGUCUGGCCCUCAACUUCUCUGUCUUCUACUAUGAAAUUCUCAACUCUCCUGAGCAGGCUUGUGGCCUAGCUAAGCAGGCUUUUGAUGAAGCCAUUGCAGAGCUUGACACGCUGAAUGAAGACUCAUACAAAGACAGCACACUCAUCAUGCAGCUGCUUAGAGACAACCUCACAUUAUGGACGUCUGACAACGCAGCAGAUGAGGGUGAAGGAGGAGAAGGAGGAGAGAACUAAGACCCUUCAUGUUCUCUCCACAGCUAAAAGGAAAAAAAGGAAAAAAAAAACUUUUUACACAUCUCCAUUCCUUAUUGUUUCACUUAUGAUUAUUCUUGCCCUGUAAACCCAUGAUCAUUACCAAUGAGCUGUGUGUAAGGAAAAUUCCAAUCGUCCUGGUUUUCCCCUCCCCUUCCUUCCCCCUCCCCACCUGGCUUGUGGUGGUGAUGAUCAAAAAUAUUACGUUAAAGAAACUUCUCCAUUCCUUGGUUUUGUGGUUUUGUCCUUUUGGCCUUUAUGUGCAGUGUCUGCUGUAGAAAAGUAUUAGCCUCACAUAAUGUCAACAGUCCAUAAAUCGUGAGAGAACAACUAGUGUAUGUCCACUGCAAAUCUGGUGAAUUAGAAAUUUCAGUAACAAGCAAAGACAGCCUCAGGCAAAGCAAGACAGGCUUUCUUCCGUCCUGCUGCAUUUCUCUCUUAUUGGCCACUUGUGGUCAGCACAUAUUUGUUAAAGAUUAAACCCUUGUGGACCAUCUUGGUGUUGGCUUGAACACUCCUUCACUCCAGUACUGUUAAGAUGAAAGGCUGCUGUUUUAUUAGCUAAUCAUCUAGACACUGCUCAGUUCACCCCCCCCGUGGUCUCUUUCAGCCAGGGCUUCUUGGAAGUCACAAAAUGACGAAACACUCCUUCCUAGUCACAAAACUCACUUUGUGUUACUUUUAAGCAUGUCUGAGUCAAAAGGUGCCACUUUAUGAAGGCUUGUAAUAGACUAAAACAGUCAAAUGAUUAAGACCAUGCAUGCCCGUUUUUCAGCGUACACUGGUAUGGGAGUCAAUCUUGCAUACACACUUGCUCCACGGUUUGGUUGAAUACUUUCAUUGCAGGUUUGUGCACAUGUUGAGGAUGUUUGAUUUGUCCAGUGAUGUCGAUAGAUAUUCGGACCACUGUUGUGUUUUUGCUAAUCAUUGAUUGUAGUCCCCAAGAGCCUUGUGAAAAUGUUAAAAUGCCCUAUGUAACAGCUAUGUAACCUGAAUUAAAAUGACCAUUUUAUAAACCA